ACAAAUCCACGGACUAUAUUCGGUCGCGGCAUAUUGCGUGAAUUUAGGAAUUCAAGAGGCUUUGGGUUGACAUCACACGGUUUUGCGCAUUAAAGCAGGUUGACGGGAGGGACACAAAGGAGGGAGCCGCAGGAAAAGCGCAGCAGUUGGUUUGGUUGAGUGCGUUCGAUUAGUGAAUGCUCGGGCUUCAUGCCGUUGUAUUGAGCAGGCUUCUCUUCUGGCGACAAUACUGCGAGCAGCGUUUUGUCUCGAAUAAAUCGUUCAUAUUAAGACAUGGUGAAACAGACCAAGGCCAAAACGUUCCAGGCCUAUCUGGACUCCUGUCACCGCCGCUACAGCUGCGUCCACUGCCGUGCACACCUGGCCAACCAUGAUGACCUAAUUUCUAAGUCGUUUCAAGGCAGUCAGGGCCGUGCCUACCUGUUCAACUCUGUAGUCAAUGUGGGUUGUGGUCCAGCAGAAGAAAGGCUGCUGCUGACUGGUCUUCAUGCUGUGGCUGAUAUUUACUGUGAGAGUUGCCACACCACGCUGGGCUGGAAAUAUGAGCAGGCAUUUGAGUUAAGUCAAAAGUAUAAGGAGGGGAAAUUUAUUAUUGAAUUAUCUCACAUGAUUAAGGAUAAUGGCUGGAACUGAAGCCUUCAGCCUUUGCUUUAACUUUCUGUCACUGCUUGCAGCUUCUCCAAGAUCAUCAUGAGAUAUGCUUUCUUUUAUAUAUAUCCAUCUAUGAUCUACAUUUACCAUUGUGAGCACCUUUUUUCACACUUGUUUCCCAAUGCACCAGUUUUUCAGGGGGUGGGGUGAGUCUCGUGUGAUUGGUUUGUGUUUUUAUAUGUAUUUGGAGGUGUGCUUGUGUGUAAGGCAAGCUUGAAAGAAAUUUCAAACUGCUAAAAUUAUCAACCACUUAAAUCCAGUUUCAAAGAAUUCUUGAUUUUUGUUGAUUUUGACCGAAGCCCUCAUAUUCUCCAAAUUAAGUGCAAUUCAUGAGGUUUGGACAAAGUAUGAUCAAUAUGCCAAGAUCCAAUGCCUUUUUAUUCAAUUUAUUUUUACUUUUAAAGAACGAGGUAUUUGUGAAUAAGGUAGUGCAUGUGAAGUUACUUUACUCUCUGUGUGUGUGUGUGUGUGUGUGUGUGUGCGUGCGUGUGUGUGUGCGCGUGUGUGUGAGGCUUAGAGUGGAUCAUGUGCAAUAUGUGUGUAUGUGAGAGAGUUUGUUUAAAGGAUGAUUCAUGCCUCCAAAUUCAGUCAUUUUGGUUGAAUUCAUCUUUUACUUUACCAAGUCACUGAGGUAUCCCAACAUAUGAACAUCUGCUCAUAAGUGUGAGCUAACAGCAGGCUUGUUGCUGUAGAGAUGUCCACAGUUGACUGACAUUCUUAAGAAACUUUAAUUGCAACUUAUAAGGUGUAAUUAAUUUUUUUUAAUGUUUUUGUUGUUUCUUGCAUUAUGUCUAUGAGAAAUAUUCUAACAUUGAGAAGCAUGUAAAGACACAUCGAUCUGAUCAUGUUAGAGCAGACAUGCCAUUUAAAUGUGUUUGAUUGUGUGGGAAAAUACUUCUUUGAAUGCUAAAUCAUUAAAGUGUAUUGCAUUAACCUGAAUUCUUUACAUUAAAGUAUGGGGUAAAUGAAAA